ACUGAGUUGUAUGAGCUGUUUAUAUAUUUUGGAUAUUAACCCCUUAUCGGUCCUAUCAUUUGCAAACAUUUUCUCCCAUUCAGUAGGUUGUGAAACUAGUCUUCUUGCUUGAAAAUGCUGUAAUAACAUCACUUGGGGCAGUCUGCAUUCCCCUCAAGAAUCACCCAGCUGAGUGCUGUCUGACCUACUUUUUACCAGCAGACCCAUCACUAGGAUCUCAUCAUACUCUGGCAAAGAAAGCACAAACUCUGAAGAAGAAAUAACUUACACACCAAAAGAAUUGCAAGAUUUUGCUAUUAAAUAUGAGCAAAAGCCUGGGGAAUGUGUGUGGACGUGGAUUCUAAGAAUGUGAGAUGAAGGACAAACACUAAAUACCUUGGGCCAAAUUUACUGAUACGGGUGCACUUAUAUCGAUACAUUCUGGAUUGAUGUGUUAGGACAUAUAGCUGGACAUGGCUCUAUACUUGAUUGGUUCACCAAAAAAACUCAGUGGUGGCCUUCAUUUAAUGAAGUUGAGAUACCAAAGCUUCCCUGGCUUUGUGCAGAGGGAAUUCAAAGACAGGGAGAUAGGAGUGUCAGAGUAGACAUAUUUUGUGUGACUUGCAUACCAUCCCCCACCUUCCCUAACUACAUUCCUUGAGAGUGCCAGCUUAAAACAACAAACAUUUAAUAUAUCUCACCGUUUCUAAGGGUCAGGAGUGGUUUAGCACUGGCUCAGGGUCUCCCACAAGGCUGCAAUCAAGAUGUUGGCUGAGACUGUAUUAUUUAAAGGCUUGCCUGGGGCUGAAGGAUCUGUUUCCGAGAUGGUUCACUCACAUGGCUCUUGGCAGGAGACCUCAGUUUGUCACUGCAUGAGCCUCUCCACAGCAGUUUGAGUGUCUUCACAUCACAGCAGCUGGCUUCCUCCAGAGCAAGUGACCCAAGGGAGAAAGAGCAAGGCAAAAAAGCCACAAUGUCAUGCAGAGCCUUGGAAGUGAGGCUGUAUUCUAUUGAUCACAUAGACCAACCGUGAUACCUGUGGGAGAGGAUCACACAAGGGCAAGAAUACCAGAGGCAGGGAUCCCUGGGAUCCACCUUGAAAGCUGGCUAUCACAGCAGCUUGGCCUUCCACCAACUAACUUUGCUGUUUUCCUUCCCUGUAGACACUCUCGUGAGGCUUCUGAGGGCCAGGCUCAGGGAGCCAGUCUGAUCAUGGUUUAGUGGAGGUUUGGUUUAUCAAUCUUGGGAAUAUGUUGAAGUGAUGGGCUAAGAACUGUGUGAAGAACUUCAGUGAGAGAAAUUAAUACUGUGCAUUUUUCCCCCAACAUUGAAGAUUAUAGUGGGACCAUGGAUCUGUUUGGAGACAUAGAUGACAUUUCUUCAGAGAGUGACGGGGACAAUCAACCACCCAUUUCAGGACAGCCUGUUGCUGAUGGACGUGGAGUGCCUCAGGACCAGCAGGAGGAAGAGCCAAUUUCUGAAACCAAAAUAGAAGUAGAAAUUCCCAGCGUCAACUGUGAUUUAGGAAAUGAAUUGUACCUUGUUAAACUACCCAAAUUUCUCAGCAUAGAACCCAAGCCUUUUGAUCCUCAGUAUUAUGAAGAUGAAUUUGAAGAUGAGGAAGUGCUUGAUGAAGAAGAUAGAACCAGGUUAAAAUUAAAGAUAGAAAAUACUAUACGAUGGAGGAUACGCCGGGACAAAGAAGGAAAUGAAAUUAAAGAAAGCAAUGCUCGGAUAGUCAAGUGGUCCGAUGGAAGCCUGUCCCUGCAUUUAGGCAAUGAGGUGUUUGAUGUUUACAAGGCCCCGAUGCAGGGCAAUCACAACCAGCUGUUCAUUAGGGAAGACACUGGUCUGCAGGGACAAGCCAUCUUUAAGUCCAAACUCACCUUCAGACCUCAUGCUACAGACUGUGCCACACUUAGAAAGAUGACCCUGCUACUUGCUAAUAGAUGCUCGAGGACACAGAAGAUUAGAAUCUUACCAAUGGCUGGUCGUGAUCCUGAAUGCCAGUGCACAGAGAUGGUUAAGAAAGAAGAAGAACGUUUGAGGGCUUCUGCUCACCAGGAGACCAUCCAUCUGUGGGAAAAGCAGAACCAGCGGGGGCCGAGUGCCCCCUACCAGGGCCCCAGCAGUGGUGAGGAGGGUGAAGCCAGCAAGAACCAUGGCCGAGGAGGUGAACCCUCCAGAAAGAGGAAAGCAGGCGGCGAAGAAGAAGAGGAUGACUGAAGCAUGAAAUGCGUGCUUGCUUAUACCAUGGACUCCCCUUUUUAAAUGAAAAAAUAUCAGAUGCUGUCAACGGAAAAACAAUAUACAAAGCUCUAUACAUGUAACUUUUCCAGAGGACACCUACUGUACAAAGCAAGUAUAUGGAUUAUUUCAUUCAAAUAACGAGAAUCUGCAGUUUAACAAUCAAGAUGUAAUUCUCCUUAAGAUCUCU